AUAAAAUACUAACAAAAAACGCCGAAAAUUAGUUUACUUCGGAGACUUCAACUGCUCUACCCUCGAUCUCUCCGCCCAGCCAAACUCCUAUUUAACACCUUGUUCUUCGAUCUCUGGGUUCUCCAUGAACUUCUCUGAUCUCUGAAAAAGCCCUAGUUUACAGCCCAUUGUUUGGGCUCUGGUAAUGCUGAUCAUCUGAAUUUUGUUUUUGUUUUCAGAAACUUGUUUUGUGAAAUCAGAAUUUGAAGAUUCAAAUUGGUUGGUUCUGCAGGGGCUGCACAGUUAUUGGAAAAUGAGUCCUUAUCUUGUAGGCGUUCUUGUUCCUCUUGUAUUUACUCUUUUGAUUCGGAAUUCCAAGAAUGAGAAGAAACGAGGGUUGCCCGUUGAUGUUGGUGGUGAACCCGGGUAUGCAAUUCGAAACUAUCGUUUUACUUCCCCAGUGAUAACAGCAUGGGAAGGUAUCUCAACACUAGCAGAGCUUUUUGAGCAAUCAUGUAAGCAGCACCGAAACAAGAGGUUACUUGGAACUCGAAGAUUGAUUGCAAGGGAGACAGAAAAGUCUGAAGAUGGAAGGUCCUUUGAGAAGCUUCAUUUGGGGGAUUAUGAGUGGUUAAGCUAUGGCCAAGUGUUUGAAGCUGUGUGCAAUUUUGCUUCUGGUUUGACACAACUUGGGAAUAAUAGGGAAGAACGGGUAGCAAUCUUUGCUGAUACACGAGAAGAGUGGUUUAUUGCUCUGCAGGGUUGCUUCAGGCGCAAUGUCACUGUUGUUACCAUGUACGCUUCUUUGGGGGAGGAGGCUCUAUGUCACUCAUUAAAUGAGACAGAAGUCACAACAGUGAUCUGUGGGCACAAAGAAAUGAAGAAAAUUUUAGGCAUUAGUGGGCAACUCGACACAGUAAAACGUAUUAUCUGCAUGGAUGAUGAGAUUCCAUCGAAUGACUUAUUAAUUGAGAGGAGCAGUAGCUGGACAAUCACUUCAUUUUCUGAUGUAGAGAAACUUGGGCGAGAGAAUCCUGUUGAUGCAGAUUUACCUCUUUCAGCUGACAUAGCUGUGAUCAUGUAUACCAGUGGGAGCACUGGUUUACCCAAGGGUGUAAUGAUGACACAUGGAAAUGUUCUCGCUACAAUUUCUGCUGUUAUGACAAUUGUUCCCGGCCUUGGAGACAAGGAUGUUUAUUUAGCAUACCUACCUUUGGCUCAUAUACUUGAAUUAGUAGCUGAGAAUGUAAUAUCCGCUGUUGGUAGUUCUAUAGGAUAUGGUUCCCCUUUGACACUUACUGAUACAUCCAGCAAGAUAAAGAGGGGAACAAAAGGGGAUGCUUCUAUGUUAAGGCCUACGUUGAUGACAGCUGUCCCAGCAAUUCUUGACCGUGUUCGAGAUGGUGUGCGGAAGAAGGUAGAUACAACUGGUGGACUAUCAAAGAAAUUGUUUGAUUUGGCCUAUGCACGCCGGUUGUCUGCGAUGAAUGGCAGUUGGUUUGGGGCAUGGGGCCUAGAAAGACUUUUGUGGAACUUUCUUGUGUUUAGAAAGGUCCGAGCAAUUUUGGGUGGUCACAUCCGUUUUGUGCUGUCUGGAGGUGCUCCACUAUCUGGUGAUACUCAAAGAUUUAUCAACAUUUGUAUGGGUGCUCCAAUAGGUCAAGGGUAUGGUCUUACUGAGACUUGUGCUGGUGGGACAUUUUCAGAGUAUGAUGAUUCAUCUGUUGGCCGUGUUGGUGCUCCACUUCCUUGCUCGUUUAUUAAGUUGAUAGAUUGGCGUGAGGGUGGAUAUUUAACAAGUGAUUCACCGAUGUCUCGAGGGGAAAUAGUUAUUGGGGGCCCAAAUGUUACAGUUGGAUAUUUUAAGAAUGAGGCGAAAACAAAGGAAGUGUACAAGGUUGAUGAGAGAGGAAUGAGGUGGUUUUACACGGGUGACGUAGGGCAGUUCCAUUCUGAUGGUUGCCUUGAGAUAAUAGACCGUAAAAAGGACAUUGUUAAACUUCAGCAUGGAGAAUAUGUCUCCUUGGGAAAGGUUGAGGCUGCCCUAAUGAUCAGCCCUUAUGUUGACAAUAUUAUGUUGCAUGCUGACUCUUUCCGUAGUUACUGUGUGGCUCUUGUGUUAGCUUCACAGCCCACAGUGGAAGGCUGGGCUUUGAAGCAAGGAAUUGCUUUUGUUGAUUUUGCGGAUUUGUGCCAAAAGGAAGAAACUGUGAAGGAAGUGCAUGGGUCACUCGUGAAGGCAGCGAAGCAGGCACGUCUGGAGAAGUUUGAGAUCCCCACAAAGAUCAAAUUGCUCUCUGAACCGUGGACUCCCGAAUCUGGCCUAGUCACCGCUGCACUUAAGAUCAAGAGGGACACUAUUAGGAAAGCAUUCUCUGAGGACCUUGCUCAGCUAUACAGAUCAUGAAUUGUUCAGAAGAAAAGGUGAUCUCUUAUGGAGAUUGUGAAAAAUUUUGCUUAAUGAACCAAAUUAUGCAUAAGUCGCCACAGUUCAUUCAUAUACAAUUUGUCUCUCUUUUAUUUAUUUUUUGGGAAUGGUCUUUUUUUCCUUCCUGCUGUUGUACAAUUUCCAAGUAGUCUCUUCAAUUUCUUCAAUCUCUUGUGGCUGAAGUAAUUAUGGAAAAAAUUAGGAUGAUGAUUAUUUAUUUACAUGUUUUGAGUUGAAUAGAAGAGCUACCAUACAUUAUAUUCAUGGGAUAGCUAUUUAGUUAUUUCAGUGUGAAACUGCAAGAUUCAAAUUUCCUUUUUAUUA